AGCAGCAGCAGCAGCGAGCGGUGGGAGCGGACGGCCGUGACGAUGAAGUGCAAGCCGAACCAAACGCGCACCUACGACCCGGAGGGGUUCAAGAAGCGGGCGGCGUGCCUGUGCUUCCGGAGCGAGCGCGAAGACGAGGUGCUGUUAGUGAGUAGCAGUCGGUACCCGGACCGCUGGAUCGUGCCUGGCGGGGGCAUGGAGCCCGAGGAGGAGCCGGGCAGUGCGGCUGUCCGAGAGGUGUUCGAAGAGGCGGGAGUCAAGGGGAAGUUAGGCCGGCUCCUGGGCAUUUUCGAACAGAACCAAGACCGCAAGCAUAGAACGUACGUGUACGUACUGACCGUCACAGAGAUUCUGGAGGAUUGGGAAGAUUCGGUUAGCAUUGGGAGGAAGCGAGAGUGGUUCAAAAUCGAAGAUGCGAUCAAGGUUCUCCAGUGCCACAAGCCCGUGCAUGCCGAAUAUCUGGAGAAACUAAAGCUGGGCGGCUCCCCAACCAAUGGAAACUCGGUGGCCCCGUCUCUGCCACAGAGCGAUCCCUAGUGAAUGGCACAGAUGUUAUUCAGAUUUACUUUGAAAGAAGUAUGUAAACCCAAUGAUGGAUGGAAUUGUGAAACACAGAUGAGCUCUUUCACACUCCCAAGGAUAAGAUCAUCCUAUGCUUUUGGACACUUCUCUGUUUAUUACAGUGACUGUUCUCCAGAUUUUUAUACUACCACUGUCUCUAUACGGACUUCUAAUUUGCCACCUAAGGCCUUUUUUUGUGCUUUUAUGAUUAUCUGUAUUUCCCCCCAGCUUGGUUAUACUGCAAGGACCUUGUUUCCUUAGUCUUUUUAUGUAUCUAGCAUACAAGACAUCACCUGAAAUAUGGAAGACGUUGCUGAAGAUUUGUUUAAAUAAUAUUUUGUAAUGUAACAGAGUAUCAUGUAAAGCAUUUACCUUCUAAUCUGGUGUUAGCACACUAAAUUGCUGUCUAGCAUAUACAUGUAUUUUGUAUAUCAGGUAUCACAUACUAUUUUUAGGCUGCUGUGAAAUAUUAGAAAGCAAAAAUUCUUACUCCUAUGUCUCUGUCAUCCUGGACAUGUGCCUCCUGAUGACAGUAUACUACACCACCUAUGAAAUAUAUUUGCCACAAUUUUGAACCUAAAUCAACUGUGCCUCUAGACAUUCCUAAUCUAUAGAAUAUACAGGGAAUAGAGAAACAUUACACCCCAGAGUUGAUGUCCGCAGAAUCCAGACUAUAGGAAACUGUAGGACAGUUUCAUUUCUUCAGUAAAUGAAUUGCCAGAAUGAAAGAAAGAAAUGGAAGGUGAACCUAUAGUUGAAAAUAGACUUAAGAGACAUAUCAACCAAUUGUAAUAUAUGGAUCUUUUUGGGAUCCUGAUUUGACCAAACUAUAAAAUACAUUUAUGAGACAAUCCAAAUAAUUAUAAAAUUGAUUUGAUAUUUGAUAUUCAUUGGGAUAAUGAUGGUUUUGUCAAAAACAAGAGUUCUUACUUUUAGAGAUACAUUCUUUAAUAUUUAUGGUUGAAAUGAUAUCUGGAAUUUGCUUCACAAUAAGUGGAUGUUAAGUGCAUUAGAGAGACCAAUAAAACAAGAUUGGCCUUGACUUUGUAAUUGUUAAAGCUGGGUGAUGAUUAAA